AUGACCUUCGAGGCAGGGAGUAGAGUGACGCUACUGUUUGACUUCUGGGUUGUGCACAGACCCGCAGGUAGGCUAACAUUGAUGACAGACCCGUGUCCUCGGCAGAAUCUACACAGUAAAUAAUAUAUUUCAGAAACUGUUUGUCUGGUUGCCCUUACAAAACAAUAUUGCAGUCAGAGUGCAGUAUAACUGUAGUAUGAUGCAAAUACUGCGUCCCAAUUUUUUUUACUGCAGUAGUUUUGCUGUAUAACUGCAGUUAUUCUGCAAUUACUGCGUCCAAAAUACCACAGUCGACUGCAGUUACUGCACAUUUACUGCAGUUUCAAAACUGCUAUCUUUUUUUGUAAGGGUGACUCCAUUGUAUUGUGAAUACACAGUUUACCCCAUUCAUCCUGCAUAGUGUUUCAGGUACAACACAUUAAUUUCUUGCAAAUGAGCUAUUUUAGAUCUGUUUCAAUAGGGCCCCUAGUGAUGGAUGCACUGAUUUCUUACAUUCUUAGAUUAGGUCACAGUUGUCUGUACAGUACUAUGUAUAGCUCCAGACAGAGCUGUGGUCACUGUUGAUGACCAUUAUUGCCGUCAGCCAUGAUAAGCUCUGUGGUCAAUGUGUUAGCAGGGAUGGUGCUGUCUGUGUUCGUGGUCAUCCUGUUGGCAGUGUUCUACGAGCUGCUGAAGGUCUGGAAGGUCCAGCUGGGGAAGACCUUAGAGCAGCCCACUCAGCCAGCCUUCCCACUGCCCUUACCCCCUCCCCUCCCCUCCUCAGACUGCCAGGGAAGCAGCGCUGUGUUAGCCAGUAGCCUGUCGGAGUCUUCUCUGGCCCCCACGAAAUGGAAUGCUCGCACUCCCUCUCCCAUGAACAGGUAGGAUUCACACAGGAGCCCAUGUAGUUUUCUGUAAUUAACAUGUUCCAGGGAUGCUGGCUUUAAUCUACCGGUUCACAAAUUGGCCAGAGUGUGCAUGUAACUGUAUGCUUCCGUCCGUCUCCUUGCCCCAACUUGUGUUCAGAGGGUCCCUGGUUCGAGCACAUCAACAGUCACCCACAAAGCAUUGUUACUUAUUGCUCCACAAAAGCCACAUCCCUUGCAGAGCAAGGUAAACGACUACUUCAAGGUCUGAGCGAGUGACAUCACCGAUUGAAAAGCGCCCACCGCUAACUAGCUAGCCAUUUCACACAUGUUACACAUGCACCUGGUUUCCCAGGCCUACAUAAUGCACUGAAAUUAUAUGAACAAAUAACAGCUGAUAAUUAGACCCAUGAGAACCUGAACUGUGCACCUCUAUAUAAUGAUAAAGAGUACUGCAGUAGUCCCAGUUGGUAUUGGAUAGAACGUCGCGGCCCCGCCCCGCCCGCCUGUGGGGAAAACAACCUGUGGUUACCUAGGUUAUCCCAUUGACUCACAGCAAAAACUUGACCUUUUUCAGAUGCAAUUUUCUUGUCUGCUUGUUUUAUUUAGUUAAACUACAUUUAAGAAAAAUAAGGCUGAAGAUUACUUUUCAACAUUGCCUGCUCCCGCGCAUUCUCACUACUUAGAAAAAUGUAAUAUUGUAGGACUUCCCUCAUGCCCCUUUUCAUGAGGGUGCUAGCAGCACGUGAGCUACCAACUGGAACAUUAAGCUAGCAAAGAACAACAACACAAACAAACGGACUAUACAGCUACAAGUAGUGAGUGGAGUUCAACAGUUUAUACUAAACAAGUUAAAUGGCUUACCUGUGAUGAAAUGUUUUCCUCACACAUAGCUACGUGUAGCCUACUUGGACACCGGGUCCCCACAUUUCCCACACCGAAUAUCCUGAAGCCACAGGGUUCUUCUAGCAGGCUCCGUUUCCCUACGUGGGAGCAUUGCAACCCAUAGGUCGUGAUUUUUUUACCUGAUUACAUGUACAUUGAACAACACCGAAGCUUUUCGGCAUGUUUUGUUAUUUCUGUAUAACAAAUUUACGACGAAGUUGACUCUUUUACAGUGGGGGUCAAUAGGAAAUAAUGUUUGUUUUCCCCAAUUUGUGGGUGGUGGUCGAGGGGAAAUUCCUUCCUAUGACAUGAAUACCGAUUUGGAGUAUAUCACUCUUCUGUCUCCUCUCCACCAGAUGGCGUCUCCAUGGUAUCCAGACAGCCCUGCACAUCCUGCAGGUGACUCUGGCCUACAUGCUGAUGCUGUGUGUCAUGUCCUACAAUACCUGGAUCUUCCUGGGGGUCAUCUUGGGCUCUGUCCUGGGAUACUUCAUAGGGGUCCCUCUACUGGGUCAAAUCUGA